CAGGCCCAUGCUGUGCAGUGUGUGAGGGGGAGGGUUCGCAGGUCGGCAGCAGCUCACUCACUUGUCCACCCUCCUCUCUGUAUUUCAAUAGGAGCCUCUCCUCCUUCCAUAGUGACUCCAGUGCUGCGCUCCUCCCUUGCUGCAGUGCCUGCCUGGGAAUCCCGGCCUGACCCACACUUUGUGCCCGGGACAUUUCAAAGCCCCGGAGCGUCCUGUGUAGCCCCCCACCUGCCCCAGCCCUGCUCCCUGUACACAGCUGGGGAUCCAGCUUUUCCAGAGAGACCUGUCUGCUGUGGCUUCCUCAUUCCUUCUCUCCCCUCCCUCCAGCCUCUCACUGGCCUUCCUUCCGCAUUCAAGGGGCUUUCUAUUGCUCCCUUGGGAGAGAGAGUUUAACACUUUGCUGGGAUUAUAGUAAAACUUUAUCUUGUACUUCCUGAGGAGUUUUCCUUGGAGGCUUGAAGAGGCCCCGUCCCUGUCACCUGUAUGUAGUCUUCCCUCCUGCACAGUUACAUUAGUGAUACAAGUGUGAGGCAUGGAGUGUGCUACUUCCCAUCUCUGACACCUGUUGCUUGGUGUAGGAAAGUGACACUUUGUAUCCUGCUGGAAGUGACAGUGUUUUCCUCAGGUGGCCAUUGUGUGUAAAUAUGAAAGUCACAGUAUGCUUUGGAAAGACUGGAAUUGUUGUGCCUUGCAAGGAUGGCAAGAUCAGCGUGAGAGAAUUAAUCCAGCAGGCGGCACAGAGAUACAUCAAAGCCAAGGAAAAAGAACCAGGAUAUUGGGUGAAAAUACAUCACUUAGAAUACAAAGAUGGAGGGAUAUUAGACCCUGAUGAUAUUGUGUCAGAUGUUGUUGAAGACAAAGAUAAGCUGAUCGCUGUGUUUGAUGAACAGGACGCAUCGAGCAGAACCGAUAAUGCAUCCAAUAUCACAGACCAUCUCAGUCCUGAAAUCUUUAAAACAGACUCUCAACACCAGCCACUUCGGGGGGAAAUCGAAGUUACUUCCUCAGCUCUAAAGCUUGGAACCCCUCUUCUGGUCAGACGGAGUAGUGACCCUACAGUGGGACCAGUGGCAGAUUUUCAUCCAGGAUCCUCUCAUACUGCUGAGCAGAAUAUGAAACUUGCCAUUCAGGGGCGAUCUGUAGUACUUACUGAAGACCAAAGAGAUGUCACUUGGCAAGAAGAACACAUGAGAUUGCAGAAGUACAAAUACAUGCAAAGUGAUUUGACAAGAAAAGUAGAAAUUUCAGGGGAUGAUGGACCACUGGGCAUUCAUGUUGUACCUUUCUAUUCUUCUCUUAGUGGACGGGCUCUGGGCCUGUAUAUACGUGGAAUAGAGGAAAAUAGUAGAACUAAAAGAGAUGGCCUUUUCGAAGAAAAUGAAUGUAUUGUGAAAAUUAACAAAGUUGACCUUAUAGACAAGUCAUUUACCCAGGCACAAGAUAUUUUCCGUCAAGCAAUGAAGCAUCCCAAUGUUUUAGUUGAGGUGGUUCCAUCUCAUACCCGUGAGAUGUAUGAGAAAGCCUUUAUUUCUGCUCUGUCAGUCUUGGAUAGUUAUGAUGAGGAUGAUGAAGUUCCGAACAUAAAGCCACCUCCUCCACCUACUCAUAGGAAGUUAAAUGCAAAGAUAGUUGAACAAAAUAAUGACUUAGAAUUGGCCCAGCUGUUACACCCUUCGCUGGUCCCAGAUUUGAGUAGUAAUGUUGGUGCAUACUCCCCUCCAUCUUUGUCACCUCUGGGAUUUGGGAGCAAGAGAUAUGCUAAGAGAAUAAGAAUUGAUCUGAAGAAAGGUCCAGAUGGACUUGGAUUUACAGUUGUCACCAGAGACUCUACUGUACAUGGACCUGGUCCUAUUUUUGUAAAGAACAUUCUUCCCAAAGGAGCAGCCAUAAAGGAUGGACGACUCCAGUCUGGAGACCGGAUAAUUGAAGUUAAAGGCCAGGCAAUUGCUGGCAAGACACAAGAGGAGCUGGUGGCCAUGCUGAGGAGUACCAAACUAGGAGAGACUGUUUCUUUGGUGGUUGCCCGGCAGGAGGAUGCUUUUCUGCCCCGUGAACUGCAGAAAUGUGAAUCUGAGAGCCAUGUUGUUUCUCCAGAGAAAGUAACACAGAUGACCUUCGAGAUUCCACUUAAUGACUCAGGAUCAGCUGGACUAGGGAUCAGUCUGAAAGGAAACAAGUCCAGAGACACCAGCACUGAUUUAGGGAUCUUUAUUAAAUCUAUCAUCCAUGGAGGAGCUGCUUUCAAGGAUGGACGCCUAAGAGUCAAUGAUCAACUUGUUGCUGUGAAUGGGGAGAGCUUGCUCAGCAAAUCAAAUCAAGAAGCUAUGGGAACAUUGCGGAGGUCCAUGUCUAUGGAAGGAAACAUUCGAGGGAUGAUCCAGCUUGUUAUUUUGCGCAAACUGGAAAAGCAAACAGAGGCACGUUUAGAGUCAGAACCUGUGUUUAGAAAGAACUUUGAAAAUCCUACCAUAGAAUAUAAUGGCCUUCAAGACAAGACCAAAGGUUCUGCAAAUUUUGAUGAUGGAUCUUUGGAGAAAGAUGUUCCUCCUCCCUUACCACCUCAUCCAAAUGAGAAUAUUAUAAUGGAGUACUCCAACUUUAGUUCAGGAAUGGAAAGUUCCCAACAGCCUGAUACCUAUAAUUUGAAGACAUCAAAGAGCAUGGAUCUUGUGGCUGAUGAAAGCAAUGUUAUGUCAAUAAAUGGUCACAAAGAAGAUUCUCCUGGAAAAGAUCUUGGUCCACGGUUAGGUCUCAAAAAGUCAAGCUCACUGGAAAGUCUGCAGACUGCUGUGGCAGAAGUUAAGAAGAAUGAGCUUCCCUUUUAUAGACCUCGACCACAUAUGGUCCGUGGCAGAGGCUGUAAUGAAAGCUUUCGGGCUGCAAUUGAUAAAUCGUAUGAUGGGCCAGAGAGUGACGAAGAUGGACUUUCUGAUGUGAGUUCUCACUCUGACCGAGAAAUUCCAAAUAGUGAACAAAUCCCAAUGGGAAAUCCAGAUCUCAAUGAUAAUGACAAAGAGAAGAAAGACAAGAAAAAGAAGGAUAAGAAAAAAGAAAAGGGCAAGUCAAAAGUAAAAGACAAGAAAAAGAAAGAGGAAAGUGAAGAGCAAGAUAGGAAAUCCAAGAAAAAGGGUUUUGGAGCAAUGCUCAGGUUUGGAAAAAAGAAUAAAGAUGAUAGAGGAGGAAAAUUAGAUCAAAAAGACAGCCCAAGACCUGGCACGCUAAAAGAGGAGGAGCAAGAAGUCGAGAAAAUUAGAGAGGAACGUGAGAGAAUUAAUGCAAAGCACCAAGAACUAAGGGAAAAGCAAGCCAAAGUGUUAUGGAACUUGACCGCAUCUCAUGAUAUUGAAGAUGAUGAUAUGGACCCUAAUUAUGCCAGAGUGAAUCACUUUAAAGAGCCCCCACUUCAGCAGCACAAUUCCCAUAGGACCUAUUCGCCUGUGAUGGCUGGGUCUUACGGUUACCCUAGAGAGACACUAUUGUCUGCUUCAGAGAGGGAUCACGUUCAAGACCUUUACGCUAAAGUAAACAAGAAGCAGCAGGCCCCGGAUGCAGUUGACAGUGGCCACUCCACAUCUGGGAAUGUAGACCGUAUCCAGCAGCUACGGAUGGAGUAUCAACAAGCAAAACGGGAAGGCUUUCCUUUGUAUGACAGUGAGGAUGCUGCAGGACGGUUCCUGGAAUAUGAACAGAGUUGGGCACCUGCACGAGGUCCAAGUGGAUGCCGCAACCUCAGUUUUGAAGGAAUUGAGCGACAAUAUGCUUCAUUACCCAGACCUGUAGCGGUGGAGCCUGUGGAGUACAUGACUAGUCCACGUGCAAUGUACAAUGACAGAGAGCCACCCUACUACUAUGAUGUGGCAUCUCCAAGCACCAAAGGUACCUAUCCUAGAUCCCAAUCCCAUCAAGAAGAGAACUACAGGUUCCCACCAUACCACCCGUCAACAGCCAAGGGUCCUCUGCGACAAGACGUGCCACCUUCUCCACCUCAAGCGCACAGAUCCCCAGGCUAUGGUACUGGAGGAAGAUUAGGGCAGGAUCGGUACAAGUAUAGAACCCAAGAUCCAAGGCAGAAAAACUCCAUGACUGCAGCUGUAUAGACUACAAAGUAAUACAUCUUACGCGAAAAAAGACUUUACAGUCACAUGAAGGAACGUAACCAGUGUAAAUGCUGCUGAACAUUCAAUUGCCAAAACAAUUUAGCGGUACCCUAUGGAUAGGUGAGGUGUUCCCGCAGCCUUCUGUAAAGAAAUAACCAUUCCAAUAAUGCAUUAUGUCUACAUGGUUUCUGAAUAUAGAUCAUAACCACGUGUAGUACAGUUUUUUUAAUUUCCUGAAUAUGAAGGAAUUUUAGGUGUUUAGUUGUGUGGCAUCCACAGGUGGUAAUAACAUCUAUUCUUAAGUAUGAAGCCAGGAAUGUAGCCUAACCAAAAAAAGAUGAGCCCGACUGUCUGGUGAUGCGGGAAAAGCAGCAUGUUUGAAUUAUAUAUUCCACAGAGAUAUUCCACAUACCGGUCUGAUCUCCUAAUGACACUAUAGUUAAUACUUGUAGAAAAAUGUGUCCUGCUUUGUAUGUUCUUAUUCUGUUUUUCAUACUGCUAUUGACUCUAUGUGUAAUCCUUCAGCUGUAUUCUUUAGAUCAAGUAGCCCUGCAUCCAUACUUUAGCUAUAUUGUAGCAUCAGAAGGUCAUUGGCAUUUAAGUUCCAAACGCUAUGUGUGUGCUGCGAGGGCUGCCCCUCGAGGCACCCCCCCUCAAUGCAAGUCUAUGGGAGGGGGCGUUGCCCCCUCCCAUAGACUUGUAUUGAGGGGAGUGUGGUGUGAUGUCACAAGGGGGCGUGGCCAACCCCCUGCAGCGCGCACACAUCGUUCGGAACUAAAUAUUCCGAACGCUGGCUAGUGGAGUAUUUCUUUAAGCAUAUACCUUUUGUUUGUAGAGUUUGUAUACUUCCCUGCUCACUAUCACUUUCUUACCAUAGAACCAAUAGAUCACCAGUAUCUUGUAAUGUAUUCUAAAAGCUUAAUAGUAGACUAUCUCUGGGAUGUAGCAUAACAUCUACUAGAGUAUAUUGAAGACUACACAAUCCUACUCCUAGUGAACUUUUAUUUGAU